CGGGUGGAAGAUCGAUCUUGAAUAUUGUGGGAGAGAAGUCUCGAAAACGACGCUCCUUUUUGUUUCCUCGGAUCGGCCGAAUUAGUUGAAAGAUCUUGAUGUAGUACUCUCUACCACUACUACUAGCCUGUGCUUUUUGAGUUUGUUUGUUGGAGCAUCCAGAGAAGACCGGAAAAAUGAAGGGCCUCAAAGGUCGUGUGUCUCAGAACAGUCUGAACACAUUGGACUGGGAAAAUGACAGGAAGUUGGUGAUGUCAAAUGGUGCUUCGUUCCUCGUCAAGUUGCUCGGAGUUGUUGAGGUGGAAAAAGGACGGGGUGUAGAUGUAUGUGAGGCAGCCAUCCAGUCACUGAAGGGCAGCACUAAGAACAAGCGUAAGCUACUACUUACCGUCCGAGCUGAUGCUCUGCGCUCAGUGGACGAGGAAACAAAUGAAGUUGUUUUCGACCAGCCUAUCGAGAAGGUGUCCUUCUGCUCGCCAUUCCCCGGCCACACUCGCCUCUUUUCUUACAUUGCUCGAGAGGCACACACCAAGACAUGGAUCUGUCACUGCUUCGCCUCCAUGAAGGAGCCUGGCGAGAGAGUAUGUCACGCCAUGGGGUGCGCUUUCACCGCCUGUAUGAGGAGACAGCAGACCCGGAUAGCAGAGCUGAACAAGCAGCGAGCUGCCAAGAAAGCUCGCCAGGCGGCAGAAGAGAAGUCGAAGAGUGAGGCUGCUGCGGCCGCUGCUGCGCCGGCGCCAGUGCGCCUGGGUUUGUCAUGUGGCGCUGAGCUGUUGUUUGAUGAUGACGAGAUGGAAGGCAUGCUGAGUCCAGAUCAGAUGGCAUGUGCACCGGUGGAGCAGGAUAAGACCACGCUGGCCCUGGAGAAAGCCAUAGAGGAGGUAGAGAAAGCUCUGCAGCUGGCAAAGGUGAAAGUCGAGGAGGCACCCGAAGCCGAAGGUGAAGAGGAUAGCACGUCCACAGAAGUUCCCGCACCGCCCGCUGAUGGCGAGACUGCCAACUCGGGACCUGUGCUCAGUAUGACAAACCCGUUCCAAGAAGACGUGAGUGAACAGGUUGAGGCAUUUUGAGAAUCAUGAUUAGUACUGCUGCAACACAGCCUUUCCGACAUCCUGGCAUUUGUUGUGGUGUUGAUCCAGUUUUCGAAUAUGUCCAGUCAUCCAGAAGUAUGAAUUUUGCAAAAUCUCUUAUCACAUUAAAUAUUUUUGAUCCUUCAUGAAAGUUGAGCGUGAUCAAAGACCACGCACGAGAUAUUCUGAUUAGAUUUUUUACCCUAUCAAAGAGUGGCAGGUAGCUGAGGCUGACAUUUAAUCACGUUACAUGAAUAUGGCUGUUCCUGGCUUUCCUGAAUCUUCUCGGUGAAUCUAUGCUUCACACGAGCGUAAAGCCAGCAAGCACCAGCAUGCCAACUCUGACAAUUCCCAUCUUUUUCUUCUUCUUGCCCAGCAUGCACUCACUCUCCGGCGACACUGCAGUACUAGUUUGUCCAUAGUUUCCUAAUCAGUUCUUAUUUUAUAGCAAAUGUUUCUACGAAUGAUUGAGUGCUGGGCUGCUUUGUGCAUGCCUGCAACAACAUGAACACCUCCGGCGGUUAUUUUAUUCAUAGUUGCAUCUUGUAUGGCUUGGACUAGCACCAUGUAGUACAGUGACUGUACGGCUACUGGCUUGCCAAUACACUUGCAGUAUUCUCAAUUUGAUACUACUAACUGGCAAGACUACUAGCAAGAAUGCAAAUAAAAAACUAAUCCUCUA